AUGGCUCUUCUUCCAGCUCUUAAGCCCUUCUGCCUCGGACAGUACGCCUCUCCGAACACGCUUGAGCUGUUCAUCGACUACAACUGCCCCUACUCUGGCAAGCUCCUGAGGAAUGGUGUCGAGAAAACCAUCAAACCCCUCAUCACCAACAAUGGCAAGUACGACGGCGUCAUCAAGUUGAUUUUCAGGCUCAACCCCCAGCCGUGGCAUGCAUCAACGACCUUCAUGCAUGAGGGAUCCGUUGCUGUCGCGCUUGCUGCCCCGGAGCACUGGUACGAGUUCACCCUCGCUUUGUACGAGAACCAAGAGCGGUGGUUCGAGUCCAAAGCAGCCCAUCUUACCCCAACCCAGAUCCGUGGUCAGAUCGGAGACCUCGCCGAGCAGGUCGUGGGGAAGGAGAAGGGUGCAGUGGUUAAGGAUCUCCUGACUAUUCCUGGAGAUGGCAACCGCACCAACAAGGUGACCGAGGAGCUCAAGUAUAACAUCAAGAUCUCGCGCCAAAACGGCAUCCACGUCACGCCCUCCGCAUGCUGGAACGGUCUGCACGUGCCGACUGUGUCGAGCUCCUGGGGGGAGAAGGAGUGGACCGAGUUCUUUGAGCAGAACGUGAAGCUGUAGACUGAUAGAAAUUGUGCGAACCAGGGUCAGCACGUCCCUCAAGUCGUUACAGAUCAGCAGAGCUGUGUAUCCGUAAUCAACAGAAUAAAGAAUGGUGUUCGGUAACCGUCUUCCCCCGAACUCCGUGGUCUACUCCGAUUAUUCGUAAGCGCCCAGCGAAUACA